CACUCCCUGAGUCCCCCCAUACCCCCAUCCCCCUUCCCACACACAAAAGUGCCUUGAGCUUGUCAACAUGCCGAGAGGCUUCCUGGUCAAGAGGAGCAAGCGAGUCAAUCUGGUGUCAUACCGGUCCCGAUGUGCAGAUGAGGGAGAGGAGCGGAACUCUUUGGCGCGUACGUCGACGCGCACCUGCUGGCCGACGCCGGCGUUGGCCUUGGCGGCGGCGCCGGAGCGCGAGAUCAAAGCCAUCCGGUUCGGCAACCCAGAGGGGGCAUACCAGGCACUCUACAGCCCGACCCGGCCGGCGAGCAGAGAGGAGGAUGCGGAGAGGCACUCGGGUUUGGGUUUGAGGUCUCCCGCGUCAGCUGAGGCGUUCCCCGCGGCGGCGGCGCUCACCGCCCUGGAGCACCUCUUCAACAUGGGCUCCAGCACCGCCACCUCCAAACCCGAGCGCAAAGUCAAACCGGCCGCCAAGAGAGUCAAGAACAUCCGCAAGCUACACUUUGAGGACGACGUCACCACCUCACCAGUUCUGGGGCUGAAGAUCCGGGCUGUUCCGGCUGUGGAGCGCCAGGUUCCGGGCGGCAAUGACACCGGGGCCCCUCGCGGCGACUUUGUGUGUCAGCUGUGUAGGGAGGCUUACGCCGACCCGCUCGGCCUCGCUCAGCACCGCUGCUCCAGAAUCAUUCGGGUGGAGUACCGCUGCCCCGAGUGCGACAAGUUGUUCAGCUGCCCCGCCAACCUGGCUUCACACCGCCGCUGGCACAAGCCCAAGAUGGAGCAGAAAGGGCACCCGGAGAAUGCGCCCAGGGACGCAGCCAGUCCCGCCUCGUCUGAGUCUGAUUCCGAAGGGGAGGAGCCGCACCAGUGUGGUCAGUGCGCCAAAAAGUUCAAACGUCACGCCUACCUGCGCAAACACAUUGCCGUGCAGCACGCGCCUAUCAACUUGAGCGUUGCCGCCAGAGGGGGCAGCUGCCCGACCUGUGGGGAGGCGUUUGCCAGCGUGGAUGCGCGCGAGCGUCACUUCCGACUACUGCACGCAUUCCGCUGCAAACAUUGCCCGGCCGUCCUACACAGCUCGCCCGGACUCACCCGCCACGUGAACCGCUGCCACCCGUCCGAGGACAGGAACAUCAUACUGCUGCAUCUGCCACUGCAGCGCGGUGAGCGAGUGGUUGGCACAUCUGCCUCACAAUUCUGAGGGUCAGGGUUCGAAUCUAGGUCCUUCGUAUGUCAUCUGAGCUUCCCUCGAGAGGUGUGAAUGGGAAUGCUUGUUUGUCUAUAUGUGACCAAUGCAUUGUUUGUAGUAUGUCCAUAUUUUCCCUGACAUAUAGUAGUGACCAGUCUAUUGUUAGUCUAAAUGUGCCCUGUGAUUGGCCAGCGACCAGUCCAACAUCUACUUCACUUGUCUCACCCAAAGUCCUAAUGAGGACAAACGCUACGGGAAAUGGAUGUAAAUCUCCUUAAAAGGAAAUGUUUCUUUUUACUGUAAUUAGCUUUUAAAGUGUCCUCAGAUUUAAAGGAACAACCUUUAAAUCAUAUAAAAUAAUAAUAAUAAUAAUAAUAAUAAUAAUAAAGGGGCCAGUUGUAGGGGUUUCAGUGCCUUUGCCCCGAGAGGACAUUUUGUGUUUGCAGUCCUCAAAAGCUUCUUUUACAUCCCCUUUUCAAAUCUAAUUUUCCUAGCAUCUCUGCACAUGUGCUAUUAGCACCCUGAUGUAUUUUUAGCUUUAAUAAUCAUUUCAUAACUAAAAAAAAAAUGUUGUUGAAUGAAUAAGCUUUUGGGUCUUUAGCUAUCAGAACAAACCAAUUAGCAUAGUCACUAAUGCCUUUGGACUAGAAACUCUGCUGUAAAACUGCCUUAAUAAUCUUGUAUUUAUUUUUAAAGUUGGUCUCAAAGCCUUCUGUAUUACCACCAUAUAUUUUGGUCCUAUUUAUUUAUUUAUGUUUAUAUUUAUUCAACUAAAUAAUUACUCUGUGGUCAAAUGUGUUAAAUAUGUAAUGGAGUGGGAAGGAUGUGUUUACUGUAACUUUAUAGCAAUCAACCCUGACCUGACCCUGGCUUUCUUUCUUUGUGACUGCUAGCUGUUAUUUUGCUUUGGAUGUUUCUGCACUCUUUUGCUAAAUGUCCCAAAAAAAUAAAUAAAUAAAUAAAAACCA